ACCCGCUCCCUAGAGAUGGCCUGGAAUUGUUCGUGGGAGAUCCACGCCCAGAACAGGAACAAGGUGUGCCCGGGGGCAAGUGAAGCCCCAGAACUCUACAACCGCGGCUUCUUGACCAUGAUGCAGAUCGCGCCGCACCCGCCGCCGGCUAUCAUGAGUUACAUUUUUCUGUUCAUCUGCCUGUGCGGGCUGCUGGGUAACAGUGUCGUUCUCUGGUUUUUUGGCUUCUCCAUUAAGAGGAACCCCUUCUCCAUUUACUUCCUGCACCUGGCUGUGGCCGACGUUGGCUACCUCUUCUGCAAGGCUGUGCUCUCCAUCCUGCAGGCCGGUGCCUUUCCCGGGGCCUUUGCCACCUACAUCCGCUUCGUGUCCAGGAUCCUGGGCCUGGCCGCCUUCCUCACCAGUGUGAGCCUCCUGCCGGCCGUGAGCACCGAGCGCUGCCUCUCCGUCCUCUUCCCCACCUGGUACUGCUACCGGCGGCCCAAGCACCUGUCCGCCCUGGUGUGCGCCCUGCUCUGGGCUCUGGCCUUCUUGAUCACCACCAUCCACACCUACUUCUGCGUCUACGUCACGCCCAGGCCCCCGUGGGGAGACUGCACCUACAUGGACGUCUUCCUGGGCCUCCUGCUCUUCCUCGUGCUUGCCCCGCUGAUGGUCCUGGCCUGCCUGGUCUUCCUGGUGAAGGUGGAGUGCAGGGCAGGCCGCCGCCAUCAGCCGUCCAAGCUCAACAGCGUCAUCCUAGCGCUCGUGUCCGUCUUCCUGGUCUCCUCCAUCUACCUGGGCAUCGACUGGUUCCUCUUCUGGAUCUUCGACAUCCCGGCGCCCUUUCCCGAGUACGUCACAGACACGUUCAUCUGUGUGAACUGCAGCGCCAAACCUGUCGUCUACUUCCUGGUGGGGAAGGACGAGAAGCAGAGAUUCUGGGAGCCUCUCCGCGUGGUUUUCCAGAGAGCGCUCCGCGACGGCGCGGAGCUGAAGGAGAGCAGGGACACCCCGAAUACCGUCACCAUGGAGAUGCAGCCCACUGGAACCGCUUCCUGA